CGGAUACGGUUCUAAACGCUGUUCCCCGGAAAAUUAAAUCUAAUGUAACACCGAACAAAGCCAGAAUUACCCGGUGACAGUCAGAGAAAGAAGACCUAGGAGAACACUUGUGGACUUAUUCGUUUUUAUAUAGGAAAGUAACUACAGUUCGUACUGGAUAUUACGUGCAAAAUGACUUUUGAGGAACUAAAUGGAGACUGCUCUAUCGAAAGGAUGGAUUCAGUGUCUAAAGCUCUGGAGGAGGUCCUGCGCUCUGCAUUACCUCAGGGAUGUAUUACAGUCGGGGUCUACGAGGCUGCAAAGUCACUCAAUGUGGAUCCUGAUAAUGUAGUGUUGUGCAUCCUGGCUACUGAUGAUGAUGAUGAUGAUGUGAAGGAUGUGGCGCUUCAGAUUCACUUCACUCUCAUUCAAGCUUUCUGCUGCGAGAACGAUAUCAACAUCCUGCGCGUGAACAACACGCGCCGCCUCGCGCACAUUCUCGGGGGCGCGGGUAUGCACGGGAGCGAGCAGAUCGACCUGCACUGCAUUCUGGUCACCGUUCCCCAUGCAUCCACAUGGAAAAAUCCAGCUCUGGGAAAAGUGAAGCACUUCUGCAGAGAGAGUCGCUGUAUGGAUCAGUGGGUGCCCAUUAUUAACCUUCCAGAACGAUGAAGACUGCUUAAACCAUUAGGGAAACCCAUGGAUAUAAAAUCCAAACAAAAAGAUCAAAAGCUAAAAAAGAUGGUCACAAAAAGGACUGAUAGUCCACACUGGCCUGAAAUAGGGACUAAUCUGGAGAAGGAAAACCCUUUUGCAAUCUGAGAUGAUUCAGCAGUUUUUGGCUUUGCUUGUGGGACAUUAUGAGGAUGUCAUAUGAAGCUAAUUGUGAAUGCAAGUGAGCACCUGAGUAUCUUGUGACAUAGUUGGUUGGGUGGCAUAAAGCACUUCAGUUAUUUACCGGAUAACACAAAACAAUGGAUAUUUGGAAACCUGCUGCCCUGAUUUAAGAACUAUUAUUUGUAACUUUGCCAUCAUUUUGAAUAGUACAUUAAGAUAUCAAUACUUGUAUUGUAUGAAUGUGGGGGAAACUCUUCUAAAGGGACUUGCUUCUAAACCACUGAGAUCUAUGCAUUUACAGUGUCCUGUGAGUACUGUUUUUUGAGAAAAGUUCUUUUGUGGUCUUUAAAUUAUUCAUAUUAUAAUAUUAAUUUAAAAAGUAAUAUUUAUGUGAAAACCUUUUAUACUAUUAUAUGCAAACGUGAAAUGCUACGGAUGUAUUUUGUGUUGGAACAAAAGUAUUUUUAAAACACAAGACGGUAGUCAUGCUGGUUAUGCUGGAAGAGGUUUCUGGAACUGGUAGAAUUGACCUGACAACACCUCACAUGCAGUUCAGAUCAGUGGGGUCACACUGGACUCAGUGGCCUUCGUGGCUCCCUAUUACAUACAUACAAAAGCCAUCCAAGCCUUUCUUUUGUCCUGCUGUAGUUAGCGUGACCACUGGCUUGGGUGUAUUCAUCAAAGCAGAUUAUUUUUUCAGCUGAAAUGAAUUGCUCAGGUUCAGUGUAUACUGUACUACUUGAUUACGUUCAAAUCAAACAUGUUUUUUGUAAAUAAAUUUUUUCUUAAUUGUGCUAAUUGUGACAAAGUGUUACUUCUCCGUAGGUCAAAAGUGAAUGCCGUAGCAGGUAUGCAACAGAAACACAUUACACAAGUCCAAUUGGAGAACGGAAGUGUGGCUUCGGUUGCCCUUUACUGUAGUUUAGAAGGUGUGGCAGUGAUCGCAUGACUGCCAUAUAUUCGCUUAGAUCUGCAGAGGACAGUAAAUCAGUUGUGUAAACCUACACUUCUCCAUACAAAGGUGAUGAAUCAAGGUUUCGCUGAUGUCAGAGCUAUGCAAGUCUGGUAGUCCCCAGUCAGGUGCAGAUAAAUCACGAGACACCAGGGAUCUUUGUACAGAGAAACCUGGUUUACUCAAACUGUCAUUUGUUCAGGGAGCUUAGGGUGUUGCAAAACAUCUUUCUUCAAAAUAUUUGGCUUCAAACUACUCUGCCUACCACUUAGUUCCCAGUUAAAUGUUUUUAUUUGAGCCUUUCAAGUGUAGUUUAAUAUUUCUUUAGAUAUGAAUACCUUUUUAAGAAGAUAACUUGUGACGUCACACCAAAUAACCUAAUUGUCAUAUGGUCCUAAUAACUGCGUAACUGAUAGCACUACACAAAUAAAGUAUAAACUGGGCUGAGAUUAGAUUCUGCAACAAUACAGUAAUGGUAAACAUGAUAAAGAAAGACCACAGGCAAUGCAAUUUGUUUUAUUAGUUCACAAUUUUAAUAAAAUCUUUUUUCAAUGUUCAAGGUAAAGUCUGUAUAGUAUGUUAUGAAGGCUUACAAAGAUACAGAAAAGGAAAAACAACCAAAAAGAGAAAAAAGGAGACUUGUUUCUUCACAGAGAGGAAGGUCAGAGGGAUUUGAUUGUGAAGAGUAUUAUAAGAUCACAAAUACUGCAUAACUCUCUGUUGUCUCUAAAAUGAAACCUACAUUGCAGUGUCAUUAAACGUUUCAUGAUUGCCUUAAGUUUUAAUAUAUACAUUUAAUUCAUAGACAAGAUCAAAUAGUGGCAUCAAACUGCAGUGGUCUUUUUUAUGUUGUUGCCAUACAAUGGUUGAGACAGAAAGAAAAGGCAUAUUUGCAUUUAAAAUCUAGCAUAUCUAAAGAAAAAAACAAAUUAAACAAAUUUACGCUGGGUCAAUGGACAAAAAGGCUCUUUUCAUUUUAAUACAGCUGUAAUUCUUUAAUCAAUAAGCCAAGGAAUGGUUCUAUUAAUGAACUAAGGCACAUGGGUUUGAAAGUGCAGGAUAAUGGAAUGAGUUCUCUUUUCUCAUAAACCAGUGGAAUCACUCUAGUAACUUUUCUUUAAAUGUUUCACACAUGAUGGUAUUGCAUUCCACUGAGAACUAAUCAGUAUUUGUAAUGUACGUUUUUCUAUAUUGCUUUAUUCACCUAGCAUGCACCUGACCAAUGGCAAUUACAAUAAACCAUGAAGUCAUGUCU